UGUGGGGGUGUCUGCUGCGCGGGGGCUGAUGGGAUACUGGAGGCCCGGUGGAGGGAAGAUGGCGGCGCUAGUGAGGAUGCGCCGAGCUUUGCAGUGCGCGUUAUUUCCCUUCCAGAAGGUCGUGGAGCCGGUCAGGACGGUGACAAGCACUGCUGUGCUAUUUAAACGAACAGCUCCACUAGGGCCAUUACCCAAUGAGGAUAUUGAUGUGACAGACCUGGAGUCUCUGGAGAAAUACCGUAGCUAUGCACGGUAUCUACAGACGGCAGAGAAAAAAAGCAAGCAGCCGUUCUGGUGGCGGACGUAUAAACAAUAUACACAAGAACCCACUCCAGAGAAAAUUGAUAUUGGUCUCCCUCAUUUUAGAACGUCAAGGAGGAAGGAACUGAAGGAACGCAGGCAAAUCCUCAAGGCAAAUCGCAACAACAACGACCUUGAGAGGGCAUCACGGCACCGAACAUUAUUGAUUCCACUGGAUGAAGUAAAAGCUGAAUGGGAGAAAACAAAUGGGCCUUACAAUUUAAGAACUAUUGGUGAACACUAUGGAAUUUAUAGAGACCUGUUUAAUGGAGCAACCUUCAUUCCACGUGUAAGGCUGCGUGUUCAAUAUGACUGUGAGGACUAUGCUACGCCAGUGUAUCGUGGAAAUGUGGUCACUCCCACAGAGGCUGCAGAGGUGCCCAAUGUGUCAUUUGAGGCAGAAGAUAGCUCUCUGUGGACACUGCUGUUUACCAAUCCAGAUGGACACCUCGGAAACAAUGAAUCAGAGUAUGUCCAUUGGUUGGUUGGUAAUAUUCCUGGAAAUGCUAUAUCGAAAGGAGAGCAAGUUUGCCACUACUUCCCCCCAUUUCCUGCUAAAGGCACCGGAUAUCAUCGAUGCAUCUUCAUUCUCUUUAAACAAGAUAAAACAAUUAAUUUCGAAGAAGACUCCAGACCAAACCCUUGUCUCAGCCUGAAAAUGCGAACCUUUAAAACCUUUGACUUCUACAAGAAGCAUCAGGAUCUGUUGACUCCAGCCGGGGUGGCUUUCUUCCAGAGUUGCUGGGACGAGUCUGUUACGCAUAUCUUCCACAAUCUUCUUGAUAUGAAGGAGCCAAUAUUUGAAUAUGAGUUCCCACCAACUUACCAUCCGCCUCAGAAAAAAUACCCACAUGGGCAACCCCUCCGAUACUUGGACCGAUACAGAGACAGCCACGAACCCACCUACGGCAUAUACUGAUCCCGCAACAGCUUUUCAAAGGUCCUAGGUCUUCAAUUACAGUUGUAGCUGACUGUCAGAGGCUGGUUCAUCAAAACUCAAUUACACAUGAUCAAUUUCUGUGUUCAGGGAACAUAAAUAAAUAUUUUUCUAACAUG